CCCUUUUCCCUCCUUCCCAGCCUGCAAAUACCCUCCUACCCGCCAACCCCUCCGUGUUGUUGUCAUCACAUGGUCGAGGGGCGGGCGGAGCUGCUCCAGAGGAGAAGGAGGAGGGAGAGAGGAGGGAAAAGGCGAAGCGGCGUCGGAAAGUUUGGCGGAGCGUCUGGAGUCGGUCGGAGGAGGAGAAAGAGGGAGGGCAUGGCGCCUUGAAAACCAACGAAGCGGGAGAAAGAAGUAGGAGAAAGAGAAGGAAGCCCGCUCCCAAAGCGGCCAUGGGCUCCUUGCUGCUCCUCUUUGGCUUCCUUUCCCGCAGCCUCUUGUCUUCGGGGCUGGCUCAGCGCGAAUGCCCGGCGCCUUGCCGCUGCUUUGGGGAACUUGUGGACUGCAGCCGCCUCCAGCUGAGCCGGGCGCCCCAGCCCAUCCCGGAGUGGGCCGUUGAGCUAGAUCUAAGCCACAACAAAUUGUCUUCAAUCAAGCCAAGUUCUCUGAGUCACCUUCAUGGUUUGAAAGAAAUAAAACUGAACAACAAUGAAUUAGAAAUCAUACCAGAUCUGGGCCCUGUUUCAGCAAACAUUACCCUCCUGUCUCUGACAGGCAACAAGAUUUCAGAUAUCCUGCCGGAACACCUGAAGCCAUUUCAGUCUCUAGAAACAUUAGACCUGAGCAACAACAAUAUUUCUGUUUUGAAGAUGGGAACAUUUCCACCGUUAAUGCUCAAACACCUCCACAUUAAUAAUAACCGAAUCGUUUCCUUGGAACCUGGCACUUUUGACAAUUUGUCUAGUACACUUCAAGUACUGAAACUGAAUAGGAACCGGAUUUCAGCAAUUCCACAAAAGAUAUUUAAACUCCCCCAUCUCCAGCAUCUAGAGAUGAACCGCAACAGAAUUAGAAAAAUAGAUGGGCUUACUUUUCAAGGACUCCCUUCUUUGAAAUCUUUAAGACUACAAAGAAAUGGACUAGCUAGGCUCAUGGAUGGAGCUUUCUGGGGAUUAAGUAACAUGGAAAUACUGCAGCUGGAUCAUAACAACCUAACAGAGAUUACCAAAGGCUGGCUUUAUGGCUUGCUGAUGUUGCAGCAGCUCCAUCUUAGCCAUAAUACUAUCAGCAGGAUCAACCCUGAUGCCUGGGAGUUUUGCCAGAAACUCAGUGAGCUGGAUUUAACAUACAACAAGUUAGCAAGACUAGAAGAUUCAAGUUUCGUUGGCUUAAGCCUGCUAUUGAGACUGAAUAUUGGGAACAACAAAGUAAGCUACAUUGCUGAUUGUGCCUUCCGGGGACUGACCAGUUUACAAACCUUGGAUCUUAAAAAUAACGAAAUCUCAUGGACAAUUGAAGACAUGAAUGGUGCAUUCUCUGGCCUUGACAAACUGAAAUGGCUGCUACUCCAAGGAAACAGGAUUAGAUCAAUUACUAAGAAAGCAUUUUCUGGUCUGGAUGCACUUGAACACCUCGAUCUCAGCAACAACGCAAUCAUGUCAGUUCAAGGAAACACAUUCUCACAAAUGAAGAACCUGAAAGAGCUAUACUUAAACACAUCAAGUCUUCUGUGUGAUUGCCAAUUGAAAUGGCUACCUGGUUGGUUGGUAGACAAUAACUUCCAGACUUUUGUAAAUGCGACUUGUGCCCACCCUCAGAUACUGAAAGGAAGAAACGUUUUUACUGUCAGCCUGGAUGGGUUUGUCUGUGAUGAUUUUCCAAAGCCACAAAUAACUGUCCAGCCUGAAACUCAAGCAGCAAUUAAAGGUUCCAAUUUAAGUUUUGUAUGUUCAGCUGCCAGCAGCAGUGAUUCUCCAAUGACCUUUGCAUGGAAGAAGGACAAUGAGUUGCUGCCCGAUGCAGAGAUGGAGAAUUAUGCACAUCUCAGAGCACAGGGAGGCGAAGUGAUGGAGUACACCACAAUUCUCAGACUUCGCAAUGUUGAAUUCAGCAAUGAAGGGAAAUAUCAGUGUGUCAUCUCAAAUCACUUUGGCUCAUCCUACUCUGUCAAAGCUAAACUUACAGUGAACAUGCUUCCUACAUUUACCAAAGUGCCCAUGGACCUUACAAUUCGUGCAGGAGCAAUGGCACGUUUGGAAUGUGCUGCUGUCGGACACCCAGUGCCCCAGAUUGCGUGGCAGAAAGAUGGUGGCACUGACUUUCCAGCAGCGCGCAAGCGGCGCAUGCAUGUGAUGCCGGAAGACGAUGUGUUCUUUAUUGUGGAUGUCAAAAUUGAGGAUACAGGUGUUUACAGCUGCACGGCUCAAAACACUGCUGGGAGCAUUUCUGCAAAUGCAACAUUGACAGUACUGGAAACACCCUCAUUUUUGCGGCCCUUGUUAGACCGAACAGUGACCAAAGGUGAAACUGCAGUGUUACAAUGUAUUGCCGGUGGUAGUCCUCCACCACGACUGAACUGGACCAAAGAUGACAGCACUUUAGUGGUGACAGAGAGGCACUUCUUUGCUGCGGGAAAUCAGUUGCUCAUCAUUGUGGACACAGAUUUUGAAGAUGCUGGGAAAUACACAUGUGAAAUGUCGAACACUCUUGGAACUGAGAGAGGCAACAUUCGCCUCAGCGUAAUUCCCACUCCUACCUGUGACUCUCCUCAGAACGCUGCUCCAUCUUUGGAUGAUGAUGGAUGGGCCACUGUGGGUGUUGUGAUCAUAGCUGUGGUCUGCUGUGUGGUGGGCACUUCCCUUGUGUGGGUGGUCAUCAUAUACCACACAAGGAGAAGGAAUGAGGAUUGUAGCAUCACAAACACAGAUGAAACAAAUCUGCCUGCUGAUAUUCCCAGUUAUCUGUCAUCCCAGGGAACUCUAGCCGAAAGACAAGAUGGAUAUGGGUCGUCGGAGAAUGGAAGUCAACAUCACUUUGUAUCAUCUUCAUCAUCGUCUAUGGGAGGAUAUUUUUUACAGCAAAGAGACAGUAGUGGAAUUUGUCAUAUGGAUAAUUGCAGUGAAAAUGACCUGGAAGCUGUAACAGAUCCAUUUUUAUGCCAUUAUCUGGGAAUGUCAGGAAGCAUAUAUUUGAAAGGGAAUAUAUGUGGACCAGAUGUGUUUGAAGUAUACCACACAGGCUGCACUCCAGAGCAAAGAACAGCGUGCAUGGACACUUAUGAUUCAAGUUGUUUAACAAGGAAAGAAUGCUAUCCUCCACCUCACCCACCUGAAGAUCCUUUUGACCAGUAUAUCAGCAUUGCUGGAAUACAUACUCCAAGUAGUAAAUUGCAUCCUUCUGUUGGCAUGCAAAGUGAAGAAGAUGGAACAAGAAGUUCACAUCUAAACAUGGAUGUGUGUGAUUUUAAGAGGAAUCAAGAACCAUCUUCUGCUGCUACAAGUAGCACUUUCAUGGGAACAUUUGGGAAACCAAUAUGGAGACACCAACUUGAUUCCUUCUCAAGCUGUAAGCAGCCACCCAUUUGGCAACCGCAAGUCUCUUGUAAUCAUCUUCAUGAGUCGUUGGACUUUGACUCAGAAUCUGAGGAUGAUCAUAGAAAGGACAGGACGUUUCCUGAUGGUGACAAUGCCAAUUGCAUUUACAAACAGCCAGCUGAACAAUUUAGGACUCCUGCUUUUCAGUCAUUUGAAUUGGAUACAUAGUUUCCCCUCGCGCUGUAACCCCGAAAUCUCAUUUCUAUGGACCAAAGGAAUAUACUACCUCAAAAAUGGACAUUUAUUUAAAAAGGGAAGGGAAGAAAAGACAUUCCAUUCUUAUUUUUUAAUAGAGCUAUGAUUCAGAAAAGAAAUACAUUGUAUAUGGAUACAGGUUUAUUGCCAAAACGUUAUACAGUUUCAUGUGGAUUAUACAUUCCUUAUAGAAUAUAUUUCUAAUAAUUUUAUAGCUUUGUUUUUAACCAAAUGAUACCUUUUUUGUAAAUUAACGGUACAAAUAAUAAUUAUGCAUUUGUUACAAGAAAUACUUUGUUGUAUUCAAAUGAGUGCUAAAGCAUUCCAAACAACUGCCAAUAGUGUACAGUGUGUGUGAGAGAGUGUUUGUGUGUUUAAUGGAUAAUUGAAAUUUAUGAGCAAGUUACAUGGUUGUGUUUGCGUAUCACUUUUAACAAGUUAGACUGCUCUAUUCACAAAGGUCUGUACUUUAAAAAAAAAGAUGACAGAUUGAUGCUCAGAGGAAUGAAAAGGCGAAUUCCUUGCCCCCUUGGCCAAUUCAUCUCAAGUACAGUGAAUAACAACCCGUAGCAUUGUAUUGGCUCUAUGCACAAAUAUACUUGUCCCAUUUUUGCUCCCUGUAGAUUUCAUUAUUGCUACCUCAGGUGCUGUAUGUGAUUCAUCCAAAGUUACCGAUAUGUAUCACAGUUCUCCAAAGCAAAAUUAGCAGCAGGGAACACAACUCCCAAGUGUUAGCAAUGCCACUUGCCUAUACUAGUUGCACUCCAGUGGCUCCAAAUUGAAAGCAGUGAUUUCCCUGAACUAAGGAAAACCCUGUCCACAUUCCCUUUUCAUCUUAUUUUCUUAAUCACAAAAUACAGAAGAUAUGCUUUGUAUUAAUCUUUUUUAUGAUGCACAUCUGAACAAUUAGACGUUUGUGAGCACAUCUGUACUGAAGAGGCCUACAUACCAGCAAUCUCCCAUAUGGAUGUCUUCAGUGAUGACAGCCAAGAGCAGUUGAAGUCUCUUCAUAUGUGGCAUGGGGAUAUUCAGCCUCUUUAUUUGAUCAUUCCCAAAAAAGAUUUGAUCCAAACAAUCCACUCAUCAUCCCUCCCAUUGAAAUAUUAAAAAUUGGACUUUGGUGGUGAAGUGCAAAGUCAUCAAGUUUAAUCACCGAUGUUGACAUUAGUUGGCAAUAAUAAAUAAAUAAAUUUUAUUUCUACCCCGCCACCAUCUCCCUAAAGGGACUCAGGGCAGCUAACAAAAUACAGCAAAGAGCUGUAUAGACAAUACAUAAAUCUAAAAUGAUAAAACUAUAGAAUUAUGAUCACACACAUACAUAAUUACAGUGUAAAACAUUAAAAUUCAUAAAAUGCGGUCAUAGCUGUGGAUAAAAGCAAGUUGUUUCAGUAAUGGGAAAGACUUGUACUUGAGUUGUUGCCGCCAUUUGUGGUUGAGUUAGCCAGAGAUCUUUUGCACUUUUACCUAAGAGUAAGAUCCACUGAAUUAAGUAAUCAUGGAUAGGGUUGCACUUUUAGAAGGAAUAAAGAGUGUAAUUUAAGGCAUCAUUCUACAUUACUAUUUUAAACACCCUUGCAAAAGGUUUAGGUUAUCCAUUAUCAAUUAGCUAUUUAGCUUGUCAUUUGGCAGUAAACAGAUACAUCCAAUUGCUAGUCCUCCACUGUCUGCUUCAGGAAAAUUGCUGCUACACUUUUCAGAAAAGGCUGCUAGCUAUUUCUAUAUACUGCUUGUAUUUACUUGCUUGUUGUCUUCAUGUGACACAUAUUUGGAAACAACCACAUGUAAGAGAAAAAGGCUUGCAUUUAAAAUGAAUUGAUGCAGUAAACAGGCUCUGAAUCAUUAAAAAUGUCAAAUGAUGAUCAGCGUGAAGCCAAACCUUCUUCAUGGCACAACAACCCAAAAUCAAGUGGAUGAGGAAGUAGUGAAUUUAAUGUCACCAUGCUAUUCUAUGGUCCUGGUAAGCCACCAGUUUGUGUGAAAUAUUAUAGCAAUGUAUAAUAUUCACUAUCUUACCUUCUUAAAUUAUCAUGGUGGCUUUCUUUAUACUUUCUCUUGCAUAACCUGAUCCUAUUCAUGAUUAGUUCUUCUGUAUAUCUUAGCCCACUACUGUCUGUGUUGGCAAAUCCAAGUGAUGGAACUAAACUAGGACUGAGCAAUGUGUGUAGUCUUCCAGAUUUUGUUUGCAUGAGGCUAAGGAGAAUUUAUAUUUAGCAGUUGGAAUGUGACAAGUUUCCCGCUUUUGUGGUAGAACAUACCAUGUAUUGCCCACCUCUGUGGUAGGCUGCACAUUACUUUACAAAAGCACUGGCAAACUAACAGCAAAGAGUAAAUUUGCCAUUCUCCUUUUCAGUGGCAUAACUCCCCCCCCCCCCCCAAACAUACACACAGAUCAGAUGUUCGAUUCCAAGUCAAUAAAAAUGGAAUUCUGUGUUUUACAUAAACUAUGAAAAUAAAGCUCAUUUUGUUGCAUAA